AUCAGUAUUGCACUUUCAGUCAUCUCCGGAAAAUAGUUGUCUGUGUGGCUACUGGACUAUAGUCUCAACCUAGCAGUUCACUGGCCCAGCCGAUGAACAAUCUUACAGGAUGAACAAAGAGUACACCAAGGUCAGUUCCUCUGAUCCCUCCGUCAACGCCUACACCACCACCCUGUCCGCCGUGAAGGCCGAGAUCGACUACAAGCGCAAGAAGUGCCGCUACGUCCGCAAAGAUGGCAAGUGCAAUGUUCUGUUCCGCCAUGUUCCUGAGGAGUGGCUCAUGUACGUCACCGACAUCUUCACCACGCUGGUGGAGAUCAGAUGGCGCGUCAUGUUCCUCAUCUUUGCCCUCUCCUACAUCUUCUCCUGGCUCUUCUUUGGCAUCAUCUAUUGGGUGAUUGCCAUGGCUAAUGGCGACAUGAAGGACCCUACUAAUGCCCCCUGCGUGUACGAGGUGAGGGACUUCACUGGGGCUUUCCUCUUCUCACUGGAGACCCAGACCACGAUCGGUUAUGGUUUUAGAGGGAUGUCGGAGAACUGCAUGGUGGCGAUCAUCGUUGUGACUGUGCAGGACGUCAUCAGCUGUUUUAUUGACACAUUUGUCAUCGGUAUCGCUGUGGCGAAGAUGGCAUCGGCACGGAAACGGGCGCAGACUGUGGGCUUCAGCAACUGCGCCGUCAUUAACUUGCAAAAUGGGCAGUUGUGCCUGUCUUGGAGGAUUGGGGACUUCCGCCGGCACCACGUGGUGGAGGGGAAGGCCCGCGCCCAAAUCUUCCGCCCCAACAUGCAUGCCACAGGCACGGAAGAUGUCAUCUACAAGGACCUGGAAAUCAAACAGAGUGAUUUAAUUUUAGCAAUACCAACCACCAUCUUCCACGUUAUUGAGCCAAGUAGUCCACUCUACCGCAUGAGCUUAGAGGAGCUUCGGAAAGAUGACUUUGAGUUGGUGGUGUCCUUCACCUACACAGACGACUCGACGGGCAUCCUGCACCAGACCCGCACCUCCUACACGCCCGACGAGAUCCACUGGGGACAUCUGUUCCAAGAGAUGCUGAAUGUUAACCGGAGGUACUACAAGGUAGACUACUCCAUGUUCCACCACACUGCUAAGGUCCUGGUUCCGGAGGUCAGUGCAGAGGAGUACGAGCAAAUGAAGCUUGGGCAUUACCCACGCAACUCGCCGCGCCCCAAGAGCCCAUGCAUUAAUCGCAAACCCCCAACUGUGACUGUAGAACUGGUGAAUGGCACCCCAGAACCAAAGGAACAUGUAGCCAUGGUUGCCACUAUUGCAGCAGUUUGUGAGGAUCACUGACAUUUGUGUCUUACAAGGAACCCCGUUCAGACAUAGAUGUUCUACUGAUAUGAUGAUGCCAACACAGUGAUCAAUGGCCAUUCAGAAACAUAUGAACUCAUGGACAAUUUGAUCAUUUCUUCACAGGCAACAGUAAGAGCAGGCUGUGUACUUAGUGGAAUUUAUUGCAGGAAGUAACCCCCCCAACCCGCACACACACACACACAAAUGUGGAAACUGCUGUCGUGUUGCUUGCUAAGUUUUUUUUGUCAAACUUAGUAUCUAUGGUGGAGUCACAAUAUAAUACAAACAAUUAUACAAUGUCUGCUCCUCAAUAUGAUAGAUAGGCUACUGAAAUCAAAGAGAUACAGAAAAUGAAUAGAAAUAAGAUAAUCAUGAUUUUUAUGGAGAGGUUAUGGUAACUUAGUACUGUCAUCUACAACAGAAAGUACUAUAUAGAGAUGCAUUUAUUUUCAGAAUAUGUUUUGAGGUGUGAGAUAAAAUGCUGUUUUAUUUUGUGAGUGCUUUGUAAAAUAUGUACAGUGCCUUCAGAAGUACCCCUUGACUUAUUUCACAUUUUGUUACAGCCUGAAUACAAAAUGGAUUAAAUAUUUGUUUCUCACCCAUCUACACACAAUACCCCAUAAUGACAAAGUGAAAGCAUUUAGAAAUUAUUGCAACGUUAUUUAAAAUGAAAUACAAAAAUAUCAAAUUUACAUAAGUAUUCACACUCCUGAGUUAAUACAUGCUAGAAUCACCUUUGGCUGCGAUUACAGUUGUUAGUCUUUCUGGGUAAGUCUCUAAGAGCUUUGCAUACCUUAUUGUACAAUAUUUGCACGUUAUUAUUUUUAAAAUUCUUCAAACUAUGUCAAGUUGGUUGCUGAUCAUUGCUACACAGCCAUUUUCAAAUCUUGCCAUAGAUUUUCAAGCCAAUUUAAGUCCAAUCUGUAACUUUGCUAAACAGGAACAUUCAUUGUUGUCUUGGUAAGCAACUCCAGUGAAUAUUUGGCUGUGUUUUAGGUUAUUGUCCUGCUGAAAGGUGAAUUUGUCCCCCAGUGCUUUGUCCCCCAAAGCAGACUGAACCAGGUUUUCCUCUAGAAUUUUGCCAGUGCCUAGCUCUAUUCCAUUAAUUUUUAUCCUAAAAAACUCCCUAGUCCUUGCCGAUGACAAGCAUACACAUAACAUGAUGCAACCACCAACAAGCUUGAAAAUAUGAAGAGUGGUACUCAGUGAUGUGUUGUGUUGGAUUUGUUGAAACAAAAUGCUUUAUAUUCAGGACAUAAAGUUAAUUUCUUACAUCUUUACAACUUUUUUUUACACCUUUAGUGCCUUAUUGCAAACAGUAUGUAUGUUUUGAAAUCGUUGUAUUCUGUACAGGCUUUCUGCUUUUCACACUGUCAUUUAGAUUAGUAUUGUGCAGUAACUACAAUGUUGUUGAUCCAUCCUCAGUUUUCUCCUAUCCCAGCCAUUCAAAUCUGUUUUAAAGUUAGCAUUGGCCUCAUGGUGAAAUCCCUGAGCAGUUUCCUUCCUUUCUGGCAACUGAGUCAGGAAGGACGCUGCAUCUUUGUAGUGACCGGGUGUAUUGAUACACCAUUCAAAUUGUAAUUAAUAACUUCACCAUGCUCAAAGGGAUAUUCAAUGUCUGUUUUUUUUGUAUUUUUACCCAUCUACCAAUAGAUGCCUUAUUUGCGAGUCAUUUGAAAACCUCCCUGGUCUUUGAGGUGGUCAUUCAGAAAUCAUGUUAAACACUAUUAUUGCACACAGAGUGAGUCCAUGCAACAUAUUAUGUGACUUGUUAACUUCUUGCGUCGAGCCAUCCCGGAUCCGGGAUCGUGACUACAGCCUCAAGACCAUUACCAUUACCAUAACGCAACGUUAACUAUUCAUGAAAAUCGCAAAUGAAAUGAAAUCAAUAUGCUAGCUCUCAAGCUUAGCCUUUUGUUAACAACACUGUCAUCUCAGAUUUUCAAAAUAUGCUUCUCAACCAUAGCAAAACAAGCAUUUGUGUAACAGUAUUGAUAGCUAGCGUAGCAUUUAGCAUAGCAUUUAGCGUUAGCAUUCAGCAGGCAACAUUUUCACAAAAACCAGAAAAGCAUUCAAAUAAAAUCAUUUACCUUUGAAGAACUUCGGAUGUUUUCAAUGAGGAGACUCUCAGUUAGAUAGCAAAUGUUCAGUUUUUACAAAAAUAUUAUUUGUGUUGACAAAUCGCUCCGUUUUCUUCAUCACGUUUGGGUAAGAAAAAAAUGAAAAUUAAGUCAUUAAAACGCAAACUUUUUUCCAAAUUAACUCCAUAAUAUCGAAAGAAACAUGGCAAACAAUGUUUAGAAUCAAUCCUCAAGGUGUUUUUCACAUAUCUAUCGAUGAUAAAUCCUUUUUGGCAGUUGACUUUCUCUUCUGAAGAAAUGGAACGUGCAUGGACCUAGAGAUUACGCAAUAAUUUUGACACAGGACACCGGGCGGACACCUGGUAAAUGUAGUCUCUUAUGGUCAAUCUUCCAAUGAUAUGCCUACAAAUACGUCACAAUGGUGCAGACACCUUGGAGAAACGACAGAAAGGGCAGGCUCAUUCCUGGCGCAUUCACAGCCAUAUAAGGAGACAUUGGAACACAGCGCCUUCAGAAUCUGGGGCAUUUCCUGUAUGAAACUUCAUCUUGGUUUCGCCUGUAGCAUUAGUUCUGGGGCACUCACAGUUUUUUCUUUCCAAAGCUGUCAAUUACAUGCAUAGUCGAGCAUCUUUUCGUGACAAAAUAUCUUGUUUAAAACGGGAACGUUUUUUAUCCAAAAAUUAAAAGAGCGCCCCCUAUCUCGAAGAAGUUAAGGAACUUUUUUACUCCUGAACUUAGUUUGGCUUGCUGUAACAAAGGGGUUGAAUACUUUUGGACUCAAGACAUUUCAGCUUUACAUUUUUAAUUCAUUUGUAAAAAUGUCUAAAAACAUAAUUCCACUUUGACAUUAUGGGGUAUUGUGUGUAGUGACACAAUCUCAAUUUAAUCCAUUUUAAAUUCAGACUGUAAAAGAAAAUGUGGAACAAGUCAAGGGGUGUGAAUACUUUCUGACGGCACUGUAUGUGAGUAUGUUGAACACAAUGAUGUACCAUCACAUUACAGAAAUGUUGAGCACAGUGGAAUGAAGUGUUUUGCUUGUUGUGUGGUUAGUUUAAAACAUGAUACUUUUGCGCACACGCUGUGUUCAAUACACAUUUACAUCUGUUGCUUUUAUAAACUGAUCAUUAAAAUGAUUCACUGCACAGCAAAUUGGCUAACAUUUCUAGUGUUGAUUCAAGAAUUAAAGUAACUCCGUAAAAGUUCAAUUAAAACUCAGUGGUGUAAAAUAA